GAGACGUGGGGGAGAGACUGAUUUAUACAUAGGAAGAAUAGGCAGACAGAGAGAUACCGAAACGAAGGAAGUGAGUGAUACGUGAGGGUGAGAGGGGAGAGAAAGGGGGAUAGAAGGAGAGAGAGAGAGAGAGAGAGAGGGAAGAGAGAGAGGGAAGAGAGGGGUUGUAUGAAGUCUGCAGUCCUGUGUUGAGGGAGAGGAGUGAGGCAGGCUCUCGUAACUGCAGUGUGCAGGAUUGCUCUGUGCGUGUGAGUGCGCGCCAGUGUGAGUGUGUGUGUGUGUGUGUCUGUGUGUGUGUGUGCGUGUGAGUGCGCAUGAGGCAGAGAUCAGGAGCUCAGGGACUUUGUCCUGGAUUUCAACCUGAUUGAGGCUCCUGAACCUGGACCGAGGACACGGCAUACCCCCUCCCUCCAUCCAUGCUGGAGCACACCCUCCAGCUACUCCUCCUGCUACUCCGUGUGUAUGUGAACUCUGUGCAGCGUACUCAGAGAAAGCGAGAUGGACAGGGGAACAGGAGGCGGCACAUACGUGUGAGCUAGUGUGUGUGUGUGUGUGCGUGUGCGUGUGUGUGAGUCGUAGUCAUGUGUGUACGUGCGUGUGUGUAACUCGGCAGUGAGUGCUCUCUCGUGGCGGCUGCCAACAGAACCCAGGGACAGUAUAUGGAUAAAACCUCCCUCUAUCAGCUCAUCCAAGAGCAGCAACUGGACCCUGAGCGGACUGGUUUUGUAGCAGUGGAGAAUUUUACCAGUCUGGUGGAACACCAUGAGCUGCAGCUGGAUCCCAGUAAGCUGGACAUGCUUUUUGCACUGGUCCAGAGCAACGAACAUGGACAAGUCUGCUACCAGGAGCUCAUCGAACUGAUGAGCAGUAAACGUUCCAGUAGUUUCCGGCGUGCGAUCGCUAAUGGCCGACGGACGCUACAGCGGGACAUCCUAUUGGAUGAGACAGGACUGGGCGUGUACAAGCGUUUUGUGCGUUACGUGGCCUAUGAGAUUCUGCCGUGUGAGACGGACAGACGCUGGUACUUCCAUCAGAGUCGCCUCUGUCCUCCCCCUGUCUUCAUGGCCGUCAUAACCAUUAUCCAGAUCGUGGUUUUCCUGUGUUAUGGAGUGAUGCUGAAUAAGUGGGUGUUGCAGACCUAUCAGCCUGAGUUUAUGAAGAGUCCACUGGUCUACCACCCCGGACACAGGGCACAGGUCUGGAGGUUUCUCAGCUACAUGUUCAUGCAUGUUGGUUUGGAGCAGUUGGGUUUUAAUGCUCUGCUCCAGCUGAUGAUAGGAGUUCCCCUGGAGAUGGUCCAUGGAAUCCUUCGCAUCAGUCUGCUCUACAUGACCGGAGUCGUGGCUGGGUCUCUCACCGUAUCGAUCACUGAUAUGAGGGCUCCAGUUGUGGGCGGGUCUGGAGGUGUCUAUGCCCUGUGCUCAGCUCAUCUGGCCAAUGUUGUCAUGAACUGGGCUGGGAUGAGAUGUCCAUAUAAGCUACUACGGAUGAUCCUGGCACUGGUCUGCAUGAGUUCGGAGGUGGGUCGUGCAGUCUGGUUGCGUUUCUCUCCUCCCCUCCCGUCCUCGGGUCCUCAGCCCAGUUUCAUGGCCCACCUGUCAGGGGCAAUAGUGGGCAUCAGUAUGGGCCUCCUUAUCCUGCGCAGCUACGAGGAGUCACUCCAUAAACAGUGCUCCUGGUGGGUGCUGGUCUUCUCCUUCAUCACCUUCCUCCUCUUUGCUAUCUUCUGGAACAUCUUCGCCUACGAGCUGCUGGGGGUUCAGAUCCCGCCCCCGCCGUGAGGACACGCCCACACGCAGCGCCCACUCACGUAGACACGCCCACUUUGCGUUGAGAGAAAUGUUUUGGCUACAUUCCAUUGUUAUAGAUUUCACCCUGACAGACAAAUUAAACUCCUUUUUAAUGGGAGUUUAACUGGGAGAUCUGGAUCAACUCAUUUGUGUUGGAGAUCUGUAACCUUCUGAAGACAUGCACACACA